AUGAAAGCGAGCAUAGUGCUUGCGCUGGCUGUUGCACAGGACUGCGGUCUAGAACAAUGCCCCUCAGGUGCGAUUCUGACAUGUGGCAUUUGGUGCCAGCAGGCCUUGAGUGAAGACUGCCUAAUGAACGCCACGUUGAUGCCAUGUCAGGGAAGCUAUUGCAAGACAACCUGCCAACGGUGGUACCGCUCAAUGACUGCAGACCUGCGCACGAUCCGAGUCACCUGCCAGGAAUUUGCGGACUUCGCCUUCUUUUCCAAGGGCGCGGCUGUGUGUGCGGAGGAGUGUUUGCUGCCGGAGAUCCGGGCUGAACGCUAUCCUUCGCCCACGGGCUACGGCCUGCUGUGUCGUCCAGGGUCUUGUGAUGCAUCCUCGCAGGCCAGGUAUGCCCAGGACCCAGUGGCCAUAGAAAAAGGCCUCGCGGCCUUGGAGUGUCCAUGCAACUGGUUUGGGUCUGAUUGCAAAGAUGACUGGGUGCAAGUUCGUCAUGUGAGGAAGCAGUGGUUGGGUGAUUUUCAGCUCACAUUCUUCAGUGUGGACAAGGGUGACUGGAAGAAGAUCAUGAAAGACUACCGCCCAGGCAGCAUAUUACGUGUUCAGCACUUGGACCAGAAUGGUAUCCCACGUGAGCAGCCGUAUGCCUUAGCUGGAAAGGAUGAAGAGGGCAUUUUGAAGGUUUUGACCGGGCCACCACCAGAAGGACUUCAUGAGGUUGUAGUGGAGGUUGCCCACGCGGUCAGGCAGCACACACCAGGACCUUGCACGACUCUUUUUGUGAAUCCUGCAAUCGCGGGCUUUUUCAACGGGCGCUAUGAAUACCUGUUGGAUGCCUUAGGUUCGGUGAAGCAGGUAGCGAUCGUUUCUUCAGGUGUUGGAUUUUCUGGCGUGAAGGCUGCCAUAUCUGGACUGCUGCCGACGGGUCUUCAGAUGCACAUUUUCUACGGCGUUCGAAAUGCGAAGGACGUACCGUACCAGGAUUUCCUGACCUCACCGCUGGUGGAAGAAAAGGUGAAGCUUACCUUGCUGGUUUCUGGUCAAGGUCCAACAUCAGCAGCUGGAAAUCUUCAGAAUGCCGUUGACAGAGGCCAAAUGUUGCUUGCAGCCAAAGCCUCUUCAGCGGUGCCCAUAGCGCUGCAGCCCCAUGAUGUGCCGCAAGACUGCAUUGGCUAUGUGACCGGGAACCGGAGAGCAGCUCUCGGUGGAAUUGAGGAGGAAUGGGGAACGCUGAUGUUCUUCAUGAACAAGGAUGGCCAAAGCAAAGGGACUUCCAGAGGUCGCGGGGGCUCCGAGCAGCUGGCGAUUUUCGGGAAUCAACGCGCCCGACGAGGAGCUGAACUCAAGGUCAUGAGCGCCGUGGAGACGAAAGCGCCGGGCACCUUCACCCGGGGCGUCCGCGAGAAGUUCAGCGAUGAGAAGGGCUUCGCCACGGACCGGAUGAUCUUCCGCGACGACGAGCUGAGCUAUGCCCUAGGCCGUGAGAGACGACGAUCUACCAGAAAGAAGCUGGCCUUAGCGGGACACGGGGAUCAGGGAGGAAAAGACUGCUGCCACGAUGCUGCGGGGUUUCAGAUGCCGCUUGACAGUGGUGUCAAGGAACGAAAACGGGUGAAGCAGUUCAUUGACUGGUUGCUGGCCCAGCGUGCGCACCUCACCUUUGUAGCAGUUUUCGGAGCAUUGUUCAAAUUUGACUUCCCUGUUGCCGCCUGUUGCCUUUGGCUUGUAGCCGCGGGCUGGGCAGUUGACUUGGCCAGCGACAUGGGAGAAAACUAUGAGGUGUGGGGCCAAUUCAAAUGGGGCCCAGGAGGCCAAUGUCCUGAAGGUCUGGCCGGAAAAACAGUUGCAUUGAAAUGUGAGGGGGACGUCUUCAAUAUCUCCGGAGCUGGUGCUUGGCUCUCAAGCCGAUUGCGCAGCCAGUUGCUGGAGAAGGGAUGUGAGGAGGCGAUUGAGAUUCCGAUGAAGAAGGCGACGGCUGCCAAGAUUGUGGAAUACUUGAAGCACCACGAAGAACAUGAAUGCAGCGAAAUCCUCACGCCCCUUGCAGGUGACAACUUGCAGGACUGCGGGGCUUCCCGCUGGGACUCCAGCUUUGUGAAUGUGGACCGGGAGUUGUUGUUUGACCUCACCGUGGCUGCCAGCUAUUUGGAUAUUGCCAGCCUAUGGCUCCUGCUGAGCGCCAAAGCGGCGCUGAUGACCAACAACAAGAGCGCUGAGAAGCUGCGAAAGGAGUUCAGCAUGCUCAGCGACUUUCCAGCUGGAGAGGAGGCCAAACUCAGACAGGACUAUGCCGCAUCUCGGAAGAACCACGGCCACGCGCCCGACCCAGACUUAUCGCAGCUGGCGGCCACAUCAGUGGUACGGAGCGGGGUGCGGGCCAGUGAAUACAAGGUGGGCAUCAAGCAGUUGACCGAUGGAUCUGAGGAUGCCUCCGCCCACCUGAGGAGCUGGCGCCAUGCCAUGUGGAGGGCAGCUGUCUUGGAUGAUUGGAACCUCUUGGCCAAUGCUCCGGAGCAGGUGAAGGGCGACCGUGACCUGGUAAAGAGUGCCAUCCUGACAAGCCAAGGUGCUGCUUUGAAGUAUAUAUCCUCCGAUUUGAAGGCUGAUCAGACCAUCGUCUUAGAUGCCAUCAAGUAUUCGGGCAAGGUUUUUGCAGAUGCAGCCCCAGACCUGCGCAACGACAAAGACUUCCUGUUGAAGGCUCUGAGUGUCCAUGGGGGUGCCAUGUGCGGUGCUCCAGAUUCGAUGCGCAGUGACAAAGCAUUCCUGCUUGAAGCCGCGAAGGCUGGCAAGGGCGCAGCCAUGCAGGGAGCUAGCUUAGCUUUGCGUGAGGAUCGCAACUUCGUCUUGGAGAUGGCAGUGCAUGAUGCUGAGGCAUACCGCUAUGCAUCAGAGGACCUCCUGAACGAUAAGGACUUCGCAGUGGCUGUUGCCAAACGAAAUGGAAAGGCCCUGAAGUUCAUGCUGUCCAUUUUCAAGGCCGACCCAGAUGUUGUGCGGGCAGCCAUUUCCAGAGAUCCGCAGGCUGCUCAAUUUGCCCACGCAUCCAGGCGAGCAGAGCUGGGCAUCAUCCAAGAAUCUAUCCAUGGAGAAGUGCAGCUGAAGGAAGAGCUGCAGAGUCAAUUGAAGGCCGCACAGGACGAGGCGGCAUCAGUCACAACUCUGGCCGUCGCAGGCCCACGGCAAAUUCCGGUGCAAGCGCUGCCAAGCAGGCAGCAGUACACCUCUCUGCGGUUGCAAAAGUGUGUGUACUUCACGGCCGCUAGCACAAUGACGGCCAACAUCGGUCAAGCCAACUAUGUGGCAUCCAAUGCCUACAUGGAUAGACUUCCUCAGUUUCAGAGACCAGAGGUGGAUGCCGUUGGCUUGAUGUGGGGCGCCGUGGGUGGAAUUGGUAUGCGUUGGAAAGCCUUCGCAUCAGAAGACUUUCUGAAUGAUGUUCCGGAUGCGCUGAUGAACAUCCAGGAGUGUGGGAAAGUGCUCUACUGCGCCUCUAUCUUGCAGAAUCCGCCGGAGUGGUUUUGUGCCCAGAAGUUUGCAGAAGAUGUGCGGAAGGGUUACCUCACCCCCACCGCUGGCGUCAUCAAGCUGGAGCAAGAAGUGGUCUCAGCCGCAGCUGAGCAGAAACUUCCAGAUGAAAUGGCCUUGCAGGGUUUGCCAGAUGUUGACCGGCGGCCCAUUCCAGGGAACUUUGCUGAUGCUCCUUUAGGUGGUUGGCCCAGCUUGCUCUCAGAGGGAGCCAAGGUACGGCUUACAGGUACUCGUGCCAAGAAUGGCAUCACAGGAACCUUGCUGCACAGAUUUGAGGAUGGCAAGUGGAAGGUUCAGUUGGAUGAUGGCUCUGGAAGUGCGCUGCUGAGACCCAACCAUUUCGAGAUUCUUGAGCAUCUUCAAGCCCCAGUGCAUCCCAAGACUCAUCGGCACAACACACCGGAAUUGGAAGCCUUCAAUACACAAGUGGCCGCUGAGCGGCAGUGGAAGAUUGAAGAGAAGAGGGCCAAGCUGAAGGAGAAGAUCGCCGCUAAGCGGCAGGCGAUUCUUUCUGCCGCGGCGGCUUAG